GUCUCGUACGGGGUCUCUGGAGUUUGUAGGUGAGUGAUGUGUGAGGACAUGCUGGCCUCAGCUUCAAGUCAGCUCCAGGACUUGAAGUCUUCGCCAAAGCUCAUCCCGUUCAGGGCAGGGCAGCAAUGGUUGGGACUUGUUUGUCACCCUGAAAACCAAAAAGUUUUCAAGAUUUCCCGUCACAUCGAAUCUUGUGGCACAUGCAUGAAACAUUAAAUAUAGACGAAAACAAAAACUAAUUACACAGUUUAGCUGUAAAUCACGAGACGAAUAUUUUGAUCCUAGUUAGUCCAUGAUUUGAUAAUAUUUGUCACAAACAAACGAAAGUGCUACGGUACCGAAAACUUUUCACUUUUCGGAACUAAACAAGGCCUUGAGUACAGUAGCUGACGAACAUGCUGCUGCUAUUCGCGAGCGACACGGUGUUUCUCUGUUGGACGGGUAUUCAGAUUCAGUCUUCUCUGAGACAUUAUUUAGAUGCACUUAAAAAUCUAAAAGUUACAAGAUUCUCUAUCACAUCGAAUCUUGCGGUAGAUGCAUGGAGCAUUAAAUAUAAAUUAAAAAAUAACUAAUUGCAUAGUUUAUCUAUAAAUCACAAGACAACUUUUUUUAAACCUAGUUAGUUAAUAAUUGAACAAUGUUUGUCAAGUACAAACGAAAGUGCUACAUUGUCAAAAUUCUAAAAGAUUUUGCAUAACAAGUCAGGUUCACAUUAAUAUCUGGAAGUGCGUGCUCAUUUCAGCAGGUUCGUAGGAGGCUCAACAUGUGUCUUCCUGUUCAUAAACGGAAAUGUGGCCAGUUGGAUCUUUCCUUCACAAAUUCUCAUCAUACUAGCCACCAGCCCACCAGGCCAUGAACAUUAACCCUAGCAUGGUGGUUCUCUGAGUGCCGGUUAACAAGGCUUUAAACUCAAACUAUCCUAAGGUACACAACACGCCAUUGGUCAAACUCAACCGUUUUGCAAGCACGAGGAACUUCAUUAGUUCCCACUAGCAUCGCCACUCAUGUCUCCUCUCCAUACCCAUUUGUCUGCCCAUAUAUAUAACAACCACUCCUCACUCAUGACCCAUGAUUCACACAACAAGAAUCAGCAACCUCAUUCAUUUCAAUCCCCCAAAAAAAAGCAGGGGAAAGACAAGAAACAUCCUUGUUUGAUGAAAGAGAGAGACAGAUAUCCCAGUAGUUUGACAGCAAGAACAAAUCCUUGACAUCCUCACAGCAUGUAAUAGCCACAGGUCAGUUGAGUUUCUAUUUCUACGACAGCAUGAUGCAUGCUUCUUGGCACAAGCAAUUGUAUGUAUAGUCAACUACUAGUAGCAGCCUACUACCAACAGGACAUUGGCUGCGGCGGCACAGCAUAUAUAGCAUACUAUACCAGGCCGGGCAGACUGCAGAGAGGUCGACCGGCCCCGGCGGCAAAGUCGCGCGCGAGAUGGCCGUGGCGGCGGCCGAGAAGGCCGUGAGGUGCCUCGGCCGGGGCUUCGACAUGACGUGCGACGUGAGGCUCAAGUACUGCAAGGACGCCGGCGGGUGCCUCGUUGAGAGGAGCGGCGUCGAGACGGCGCCGCUGGCCGUGCCCGGCGUCGGGACCAUCGGCGGCGUGCCCGUCGACGUUAAGUGCGGCAAGGGCGAUCGUGUCCGGCUCAAGUCCGGCGUGCUCGAGUUCAACAAGAUGUCGGAGCUGUUCAACCAGCGGAGCUCGGUGGAGGGGAAGAUCCCGUCGGGGCUGUUCAACGCCUGCUUCGACCUGGACAGCGGUUCCUGGGCGCAGGACGCGGCCGCCACCAAAUGCCUCGCCAUGGACGGCUACUUCAUCUCGCUCUUCGACCUCCGCCUGGACCGCCGCCCGCUCGCGCUCGCCGACCACGUCCGCCGCGACGUCCCGGCCGCCUGGGACCCCGCCGCCAUCGCCAGGUUCAUCGAGAAGUACGGGACGCAUGUGGUGGUGGGGCUGAGCAUGGGCGGGCAGGACGUGGUGUACGUGAAGCAGGACGGCUCGUCGGCGCUGCCGCCGGUGGAGAUCAAGGAGCAUCUGGACAGGCUCGGCGACCAGCUCUUCACCGGCGCCUGCGCCAUGCCUCCCCUUCGCUACAAGUCCAAGGACAAGCUCAAGAUGCCAGAGGCCUUCAACGUGUUCGAUGCCCAGGUAGCACAGCAACGGCUUCAAGCAGGGAUCACCACGCUGGUCUCCUCCAAACAGGGCGUGACGGUGAUAUACUCCAAGAGGGGCGGCAACACGACGGUGGGCAGCCACUCGGAGUGGCUGCUCACCGUGCCGGCGACGCCCGACGUGAUCAACGUCAAGGCCGUGCCCAUCACCUCCCUCCUCAAGGGCGUGCCUGGCGCCGGCUACCUUUCUCACGCCAUCAACCUCUACCUCAGAUAUAAGCCUCCUGUAGCUGACCUCAAGUACUUCCUGGAUUUCCAGCAUCACAAGAUGUGGGCGCCGGUGUUGGGCGAGCUGCCCCUCGGCCCAUGCUCCAACAGGCAGGGCUCCAGCCCGGCGCUUCAUUUCAGCCCGUUGAGUUCUAAGCUCUAUGUCAGCCCAAGUCAGGUCAUUGUCCCUAAAUUGCCAGUCACUGGGAUGCGGCUGCACCUGGAGGGCAAGAAACACAACCGGUUAGCCGUCCACCUGCAGCACCUAUCGACCACCCCGACGUUCAUCGCCGCCGCGCGGCACGACAAACCGCCGGUGUGGCGAGGCUCGGACGCGGCCUCCGGCUCCGACGACAGGUACUACGAGCCGGUCCAGUGGCGGAUGUUCGCGCGCGUGUGCACCGCGCCGGUCAAGUACGACACAGGGUGGCGCGACGCCGGCGUCGGCGACCCGGGCGCGGCCUGCGUCGUGACGGGCGCGCAGCUCCACGUCGCGGCGCACGACGCCACCGACGUGCUGCACCUCAGGCUCCUCUACGCAGAGCUCCCCGGCUGCGCCGUCGUGCAGUCCAGGUGGGCGCAUGGCGCGGCGAGGCUGUCCGGGAAGUCCAGCAGCGUCCUGUCGGCCGCCUCCUCCCCGGGGUCUUCCGGUGGUGGCAGUGGCAGUGGCGGAUCGCAGAAGGAGAGGCAGCAGCCGGGAAAGCCUCCGGAGGGCGUCGUCAACAUCAACUCCGGCGUGCUCCCCGGCGGGCCGCCUGUGCCGGUCGCCGCGCAGAAGAUGCUCAGGCUCGUGGACACCUCGCAGGUGACCAUGGGGCCGCAGGACAGCCCCGGGUACUGGCUCGUCACCGGUGCAAGGCUCGACGUCGACAACGGGAGGAUCUCGCUGCACGUCAAGUUUUCCCUGCUUGCGCCGGCUUCCUGACAAAGCCGUUCAUUCAUCCAGAGUUGUACAGCUUUCUGAUGCUCAGAACUAACACAUCUUGUUUUCACUUCUGUUUUUUUAUCAUUCUUUCAUGUUUCCAUUUCGUUGGAGUGCCAAUGGAUGCUGGUGCAAGGCGAGUGCAAUUAUAAAAAAAAACAUAGGUGAAUGCAACAACGCAAGGGAGAUGUGUCACUUCACUCUUGGUAAUGGAAGAAAUAGACUUGUUGUU